GGCUCGGACGUGGAGUUUUUUAGGAGCCCAGAACUUGUGUUGGCUGCCUCGCUCUCCUCUAGAAAAAAGACAACUAGCGGCAGUGGGAAUAUAAACUUGUCAAAGACCAGGACUGAUCGCCUGUGGGAACUGAGGAAAUCCUUUCCAAAGCCACCCCCCUACCCCAACACACACACUGCCCAAAGCUGCCCCCCGUAAGCAAAAAACGCAAAAUGGGUGAUCUGCCGGAGGACGGCUCGUUUAUGUUCACGUCGGAGUCUGUGGGAGAGGGACAUCCAGACAAAAUCUGCGACCAGAUCAGCGACGCCGUUCUGGAUGCGCACCUCAAGCAGGACCCCGAUGCCAAAGUGGCUUGUGAGACGGUGUGCAAGACGGGCAUGGUGCUGCUCUGUGGCGAGAUCACGUCCCGUGCCAACGUGGACUACCAGAAGGUGGUGAGGGACGCCAUCAAACACAUCGGCUAUGAUAACUCCGAUAAAGGUUUCGACUACAAGACGUGUAACGUCCUGGUGGCUCUGGAGCAGCAGAGUCCAGAUAUUGCUCAGGGUGUCCAUGUGGACCGCAAAGAGGAGGACAUUGGCGCCGGCGACCAGGGUCUGAUGUUCGGCUACGCCACGGACGAGACGGAGGAGUGCAUGCCGCUCACCAUCGUUUUAGCCCAUAAGCUCAACUCCAAGAUGGCCGAGCUCAGACGCAGCGGCACCAUCCCAUGGUUGCGUCCCGACUCCAAAACGCAGGUGACGGUGCAUUACGAGCAGAAAGAUGGCGCCGUGAUCCCCAAGAGGGUCCACACCAUUGUCAUCUCGGUGCAACACGACGACUUCAUCUCUCUGGAGGAGCAGAAGAAAGUCCUCAAAGAGAAGGUGAUCAACGCGGUGGUCCCCGCCAAGUACUUGGACGCCAACACCAUCUAUCACCUGCAGCCCAGCGGCCGCUUCGUCAUCGGGGGUCCUCAGGGGGACGCCGGCGUCACGGGCCGCAAGAUCAUUGUGGACACAUACGGUGGUUGGGGGGCUCACGGGGGCGGCGCCUUCUCCGGCAAGGACUUCUCCAAAGUGGACCGCUCGGCCGCCUACGCCGCCCGCUGGGUGGCCAAAUCUCUGGUCAAGGCCAAGCUGUGCAGGAGGGUCUUGGUGCAGGUGUCCUACGCCAUCGGUGUGGCUCACCCUCUGUCCAUCUCGUUGUUCACGUACGGCUCGUCCAGUAAAAGCGAGUCGGAACUGCUGCACAUCGUCAACAAGAACUUCGACCUGAGGCCAGGAGUCAUCGUCAGGGAGCUUCAGCUGAAGAGGCCCAUCUACCAGCAGACCGCCACUUAUGGCCAUUUCGGUCGGCCCGAGUUCACCUGGGAGGUUCCCAAAAGGCUCAUCCUCUAAGCUCUCCAUGUCCUUGCAGUAAAUACUUACUGAAGGACAUGGACCAAAACCAAUCAAACCAAAGUUAUAAAAUAUUCGUGGCUGAGAAAAGAUGUUGAGAUGAGGUGGAACGUGAAGGACACCUAAUGGGAACAAAGACACCAUCCUAUUAAAUUGUAGAUUGGUGCUCUUUUCUUUUUUUUCCAACGCCAAUGCUGGAGAUGUUUUUUAGAACAACCAUUAGUGUACUUAGUGCUAAAACCAAAUCUUCACUUGUCAUUGUUUGAAUGUCAUGUGUGCUGCUGGAAAUGGAAAGCUGGUCACAAAUCAACAUGGUGCUCCACAAAACAGGUCAAUAAAAAAAAAUUAAAAAAACAUCUCUCAUCAGAGGUAUGUUACAACCAAAA